CAGAGCUGGCUGGAGGAGGCGGCGGCGCUCGGAGAGCAGCGGGGAAGGGAGAAGCCCGGCAGCGAGCGAGGGGUUAAGGAGCGGCGCCACGCUGGGGCUCUGUUUAGUCUGGUCCCUGUGCGCGGGCGAUGGAGCACGAGUCCCCGAGCCAGCGCUCGCACGCACCCGGUGUCCGGGCUGUUGGUGUGACACGGCUGGGAUCAGCGUGACACCCUAACCCAGCUCUGGUGGGGCUGGGGACACCCCGAGUGUCCCAGCAUCACCUUAACCCCUUUGCUGCUUCCCAUCCCGGACAGGGACCACGGAACUCAGGAGCACGGGCUGGUUCCCCCUUCGAGCGUGUCCCUCUUGCACCUACCACGCUGUGCCUGCCCCGCGGGGCACCAGCACCCUGUUGGGUGCUUAACCCCUGUCCCCGCGGGGGGGACGGGCAGGGCAGCAGCACCAUGUCCCUCUGCGCGCACAGCAGCAUCGUGCAGAGCCUGAUGUGCCACCGGCAGGGCGGGGAGAGCGAGGCCUUCGCCCGGCGCGCCAUCGAGAGCCUGGUCAGGAAGCUCAAGGAGAGGAAGGACGAGCUGCACUCGCUCCUCGCCGCCGUCACCACCAGCGGCGCCCACCCCAGCAACUGCGUCACCAUCCAGCGCACCCUGGACGGGCGGCUGCAGGUGGCGGGCAGGAAGGGGCUCCCGCACGUCAUCUACGCCCGGCUCUGGCGCUGGCCCGACCUGCACAAGAACGAGCUCCAGCACGCCACGUUCUGCCGCUUCGCCUUUGCCCUCAAGCGCGACGGCGUCUGCGUCAACCCCUACCACUACGAGCGCGUCGUGGCCCCCCCCAGCGGUGAGCGCCCCUGCCCCCCCCCACUGGUGAAGGAGGAGCUUGUCCAUGACUGUGUGCGGAUGGAGCUGCCCCCCGGCCGCAAGCAGGGGGUCAAGCAGGUGCCCCACACUGAGCCCCCCCAGCAGCCCCCCCACGGCCGCAGGACACCCCCAGCAGUGGCCCCCCCUGGUGCCUCCCUGCUCUUGCUGCCCCAUAGCGAGGGGCUGCUGCAGCUCUCCAGCCCCACAGCCCCCCCGCAGAAGGGGUACCCCAAACCGCCCAACCACACCUGGGGGGGGGCACAGCCCCACAGCCACCCGCAGCCCCCCCAGCAUCACUACUGGCCCUCCCACCAUAACUCGGGCUCACACCAGCACCCAGUGUCCACCCAUCCAGGGCCCGAGUUCUGGUGCUCCAUCGCGUACUUCGAGCUGGACGUGCCGGUGGGGGAGCCCUUCAAGGUGCCGUCGCGCUGCCCCGCCGUGGUCGUCGACGGCUACAUGGACCCGGCGGGCGGGCAGCGCUUCUGCCUGGGGCGGCUCUCCAACGUGCGGCGCACCGCGGCCAGCGAGCGGGCACGGCUGCACAUCGGAAAGGGCGUGCGGCUGGAGCGCCGCGGCGAGGGGGACGUGUGGCUGCGGUGCCGCGGCCACCACGCGGUCUUCGUGCAGAGCUACUACCUGGACCGGGAGGCGGGGAGGGCCCCCGGCGACGCCGUGCACAAGAUCUACCCCGGCGCCUACAUCAAGGUGUUCGACCUGCGGCAGUGCCACCGCCAGCUGCAGCAGCACGCCGCCACCGCCCGCGCCGCCGCCGCCGCUCAAGCCGCCGCCGUGGUCGGUGCCAUCCCGGGGCCCGGUUCUGUGGGCGGCAUCGCACCGGCCAUGGGGCUGGCGGCGGCGGCGGCGCUCGGCGUGGACGACCUGCGGCGCUUGUGCAUCCUGCGCCUGAGCUUCGUCAAGGGCUGGGGGCCCGACUACCCGCGCCGGAGCAUCACGCACACGCCGUGCUGGGUCGAGGUGCUGCUCCACCGCGCCCUGCAGCUGCUGGACGAGGUGCUGCACGCCAUGCCGCCCCCCCCCGCCGCCGGGCCCCCGCGCUGAGCUUUGUGCGCAAAAAACGCCGAAAACGAUAAAAAAAAAAACCAACCCCAAA